CCUGGCAGUCGGUAAUUCGUGAACCUUCCGCUAGAGCGCAAUGUUUUGAGUUCCAAAGAUCUGUAGUCCUUACCGUGUGCGUUGAGCGUCCGGUUCACCGAUCACCGUCGAGUUGUAACCGUAUGUGCUGUCGCCGUCACUCCAUUGCCGUCCCUCAUUUCCGUCGUCGGUCUCACACACGUUAACACGUCUCUUGUAUUACCAUGGACGUCAACCUGCUACUUCAGCACUCGCAAUAUGCGUUACCUGUGGGUGUCGUGCUCCUAUUUGCAAUCCUCGUCUUCGUCUUUGGUUUCAAAAAGGCCGAGCAACCACCUUUCGCACAGCUCUCAGUGAGUUCCGACGUGGACCGGAAAUUUGCCAACAAGAAACGCAGCAAGAUCAAAGAAAAGAGAUCUGCUAAUGGUCAAGUUUCGACUGAAAAAGCAAGUCCUGUUAAAAAAACUGUGGCAGCAAAAGCAGAAAAUGCAAAGAAGACUACUUCUAAGGUUGACGAUGUUGAUGGAAAAUUGAAAGAACAAAAACAAGAAGAUAAUAAGAUUACAUCAAGUAAGAAAGAUAAGGAUCAAGUUGUUACAAAGACAGGCAAGGAAAACAAAGUUGAACAAGCAAAAAAUAAGAAGAAUUUGAAGAAUUUGUUCCUAGAGAAGCCAGUAGAUUUUGAUGAGGGAGAUUGGGAGCAAGCAUACUCUAGGAAGGAUAAGAAGAAUAAGAAGAAAGAAGAAGAAUCUCCUUCAAAGAAGAAUAAGAAAAAUGUUAAAAAAGCUGAUUUGAUUAAUGAAGUUGUAGCUAAACAAAAAGAACCUGAAAAAAUUGAAAUUAAAGACAAAGUUGCCAAGGAAACUGAGAAUAAUGAAUUAAAGGAGAAGGAAAAAAAAGAUGUAGUUCUUAUUCCCAUUUCUAAUGAGGAGGUAGCCAAGGAAACUGAAGAUCAAAAGAAAGAGGAACAACCCAAGAUUGAAAAAGUAGAAAAAGAAGAAAAGAAAACUGCAAAGUCUAAAAAAAAUAAGAAAGUUUCUGAAAGUGAAAAUGCACCUUCAACUAUUCCAAAAGUGGAUGAUAAACUUCAGGAACAAAAGACACAAAAAAAUGAAGAGAAUGCAGAAAAAGUUUCUGAUAGCGUUGAACAAAAAAAUUCCAAUGUUAUGCAAACACAAACAAAAAGUGGUGCUGUAUUUGAUGAAUUAGGAGACAUUUGGACAGAAGCUAAACCACAAAAGAAAAGUAAAAAGAAAGCUCGCAAAGAUAACUGAGAGUAUUUAAAUAUAAUGAGAAUUAUAUUCCUUGUGAAGAGGAAUAGUGUGAGAAUCCUGCUUAGUCCAAACGACAUUUGUCAUUUCGGACUUAUCAGGUGCGUUUUAAGUGACUUACGAAUCAACCACCUGACCAAAUUGUUCCUUUCCCUUGUACAUAAUGCCAGUUGGGCUAGGUUGUUCGAUGGGUUAUGUUUUAUAGACUUCAUGACUGUAGGUCCAUAAGUGAAUGUAUGAAGAAAAAAUCUUUAUGUAUUAUUGAUUUUUUUAACAUACUGAUGGUCUGCUUUAACAAAGCUGCCUUGCAUUUAACGAAAGAGGCAUAAGUCAUAGUUUUCUCUAUAAAAUAAUUACUGUAAACACGUUACUCUUUCAAAAAUCUUCAUAUGUCUAUCGAUGCAUUAGUAUUGUAUAAUUUACAGAUAUAUAUAUAGUACAUAUAUUUAUAAGAACUUCAUAUUAAACUUACAUUGUUAACAAGAUGGUACUUAUGUCUUUUACGUUUUAUCCAGAAAUCUUAAAGUGAAUGUUUUGUUAGGUUAGUUUUGAUUUUCUAUCCUAACGCAUAGCACAUUGUCUUUAUAUUACUCGUUAUAAUUAAUUUAAAUUAUAUAAAUGUACUGCGGAUGGUUGAAAGCUAAACCUUAGAAAGUAUGAGAUAUAUCCCAAAAUAGUAAAAUGCAGGACAAUCUCUACACGAGGAAAAGUUUGCAUUACUGAUGUACAUGUCUUUUUCAAAAUAUAAAAAAAAAAAUAUUUUCUUAUAUCUGGUAGUGAGUAAUUUACUUCAGCAUAUAGAUCCAAAAUUAUAUGCUUUGUAACUAUGAACCAUAGGUAAUACUUUAUUGUGGUAAGUACAUCAGUAAUGAAUUUUAAAGGUCGGUAUAAUGUAUUUAUAAGAAUAUGCAAAUCUGACGGAAUUUGUGCCAAGUUGUAAAACAAGAUAAAUUGAGGUGCGACGAAAGUCAUUAUUAUAUAUACAACUAAUUAAAUUCGACCCAAAGAAUAUAUUAACAUAAUUUAAAAAAUACUUCAAGCUUUUAGUUUUUUUGUACAUAAAUAUUAAAAAAAGAGUGUCAUAAAUGAUUUUCAGAGUACUUUUAUAUUGAAUAAAUCGCUUAUUUACAAUGAAUCAUAAGUUGACUUUCGAAGCACCUGGUUGUAUACAGGGUAAAGCACUUGAAAUAACCACCUUGAUUCUUAUCAAUAUUGUUUUCGAAAUAAAAUGUGAUAGAUGAAGCUUACAUUUUUCGAAGAAGUACAAAUGUGUUAUUAAGUACUAAAAUUUAAAACAUAUGUUUUUAUUUUUUUCCUAUGUCACGUUUUAAAGAUUUCAAGAUUAAAAUUUAUCAUUCCAUAAUAAUAAAUUAUGCUUAUAUAAAGUGUUUUUUAAGAAAACUACAGACGCAGUAUGAACCGAGUAAAUAGUAUUGAUUUCACAGAUUAAGACUGAAGGUAGAGACGAUAAUAUUAUACAGUGUGUUCCAAACAUAUACAAAAACGUUUUAAAAGAUGAUAAAAAAGCUCAAAUAAAACGCAAAAUGUCUUAUAACAUGUUCGAUUUGCUUCCGUUUUGUAGUAACGUCGUAUUAAAAUUUUUAUCUGUUUAUGCUGUAGCCAUAUUCGAAUAGCUUUAGUAUAAUCCAAUGACGUAAUCUAACAUUUCCUGAGUUUCGCUAACAGUUGAUAAUUUACAAUAUAUUUGCAUCUUUGCAAACACGUUUUCGUGAUUUGCAAACCUAUAUAACAGCUCAAGCUUAGCAUUAAAUGAGUAUUUUUUCCAUAUAGUCGCUUUGUAAGUGCUGGCAUGAUUACAAACAGCAAUAGACACUAUGAUUAUUUCACUAAUUAUUUCACUGAUCGAUAAUUCAGCCUUUUGUAACUAGUUUUCGAUCAUCACCGUCAAUAUUGAAAUAAGAUUUACCUACUGUUAGUUCUUUUUAUAAUAUUACGAGAAUACAGUAUCCAAUUUUUCAAGAUAAAAUUUACCGUUCGUAAGGUAGAAAUUGUUAGAACGUCUGUUUUAUCUCUUAAAAUAUUCAUUGAAAAUUUUACCAUUACGUAUUACAUCACUUGUUUAGUUUCUUUAAUAAUAACGUUAGUACGAAUGAAAAUAAUCAUUUCAAGGGCUUUAUUCUGUAUGUUGAAAUACAUAUUGAGUUUUGUCAGUGUUAUCAUUUUAUCUCUAAGAAUGAUUUCAAUGAAGCUUAGAAGAUCUUGGAAGUGAAAUAUGGAUUAAACGAUCAAUAUUAUUUUGCUGUUCAUUAGUUGUUUUCACAAACAAUUCGAUCAAGCCGUUCACAUUUUACGCCAUGCAUAGUACAUAGUCAAAAGUUAAAAAAUUGUCUCUCAAAUGUAACAGCGAUUGUUCAGCAGUUACCAUAUACAUAUACAUAUACAUACACAUAUGCACAUGUAUAUUGUAACGUUACAUGUGAAAAUGCAAGAGUUGCAACAUUGCGAGCAGUACUAUCUUGAAAGAAAAAUUAGAUCUCGAAGAUAACAGUUGAUCACAUUAAAAUUGAAUGUUACGUCCCGAGCUCCUCAAGCUUCUGUCCCCAUAAAAGAAAAAGCAAAAAAACCAGAUAGAAUAGCAAAAAAAGUGAAAAAAAAAAAUCGGUAUGGAAACUGAGGAUAGUUCAUAGGUGUGUUUAUUACGCGUGCAUACAUACGUCGUUGUAACAGUUGAUGUAGAAAAAUUCGCUACGAAUCGUCCUUUCGAAACGAUUUCAUUGAAGUAGCGUUAUAUGUUAGUAUGUAAAAAUAUAGUACGUAUAUUUAAUGAGAAGAGAAAAGGAAGAUUACGUGGGUUGUACGGCGUACGGAAUAUUGUGAUAAGUAUAUGCUAUAUCUAUAGCCGAGAAUUACAUGAACAUUGUAAAAUAGUAUUGUUAAACGAUACUAUCGUUUAUAGCUUUUACCUAUAAAAAGGAAAUGAAAAGAUGUCUGCUUGAAAUAGCCAUUAAAUAUUUUGUACUUUCAUCCUUGAUCUAUUUUCACAGACGUUUAACUUACAACGUUUGCGACACACGAGUACAAGUCUCGUUUUCUCGGAUAAUUAUUUAAAUAUAUCUCUGUCAACGCUAGAACUACCGAGCACAUAAGCUAACCUUUUAAAGUUUCUUUUUGGAAGCUAUAAGUGCAUUUAUUAAAAUUUCAAUUCACUUAUAUCUCGAUUCAGAUAUUAUCGAAACAGCUUUUUUAAUCGUUUCUCAAAGAACUGUUGUCUUUUCAGUAAUUGUAAAAGAAGAAAUCAGGAAUGGCUGAUUUCGACCCAUCUGGUAGUUCUAGCGUUAAAAAAUGCCGACGCCCGAAAUGGAGUUUCUUUACCGAAUUGUGAAUUUCAACUUGGCUUCGAUCCUACAAGUAGUGCGAAACGUUGGAAUGUUAUUACGUAAAAUUAAACGAAGCACGAGUGCUUGCAUCGAUUGUGCCCCCUUCUCGUGCCAAAAAACUAUAUUCUGCUCUCUGUUGGAGGUAAAUCUUGUACAAUAAUUAUUUUCAGUACGAAACAAUACUUGACUUUCAUUUCUCGAAUAUUUAUAGUUAUAAUAGACUUAAAUUUAUAGCUUUCUGUUACGAAGAGGCAACGUACUCAUAAUUUGUGUAUUAUACUACAGUAGUCCCUCUUUAUAGACGUUAUCUGUACAGUCUGUUGACUUUGUACAAUUCUGGACGGUAUGAUUAGAGAACAGUGGAUAUGAUUAUCGUUUGAUUGGCUAACGAUUUGUAUCUUUUCUGUUCCUGCUAUCGAUAUUGGAUGUUAGAAACGUGAUACGAAAAUCGAAAGAAAUAAUCGCGUUUAUAGGGAGGGACGGAGUACUGUGAAUCAUUAAGGAGUCUAACUGUGAGAAUCUAUCGUAAUCGGAGUAUUAAGGAGUAUAUUAUUAUAAGAGUUACAUAUAUAAUACGUUCUGUGCUGGCGCAAAUAGGGUGUCUCGUAAUUUUAAAUUGAUUUUCGAGGAAUCCGAUACAACAGGGUUUAUCCGAUGCUACCAAACGGUGUUGUGUAAACGACAGAAACGGAUUGCAUCUAUAGAAGUCGACUCGUCCUUCAUGUUGCUUGUUUUUUAUAUUUUCAAAACAAAAUCUGUAGCACGUUCCAAUCGAAUGAAGCUUUUCGCGCGUCCCUGUGUGAAAGUGUAAGAAAAUAUCAAAGCAAGAAUGUUGUUGCGUUAACAUGAAGGAAGCUGUAAUUUUGAAUUGAGAUCGUAUUUUUGCAGUAAACGUUUCAUAAUAUCUUCUACGUUACGAAUUUAAUUUCGCGACAAUUCCCACGUGUAUAUAUACGUACGUGUUUACGUGUACCGUACACGCGUACUGUUUUAUGACGCUAAGCUGUGAAACUGACACGUCCGACUCGUUCAUCUUCAGUCUCCACGGGGUAAUUUGUGAACGUGCCUCGUAAAUCUUUCAUUCCCGAAGUGAACAGGUGUAAGUCGGUGGUGGUUGUCCACCCUGAACAAGAUACAACCGACUCGUACAGUUGUUUUCUCUACGGAAACUUGAGAAACGGAUCUCGCGUUACCAAUGGCAUUGACUUUUAGGGGACUAAUGUCGGCGUCCCCUGUAUUUCGCGCGUUCUAAAGCAACGCUGUUUAUAGCUUGGUGGCCGUAUAUAUUUUUGGAAGACAAUACGUGGCGAAAGAAGUUCUUUAAGUUUCGAAGCUUAUUCUCAGUUUCGAUCCACAGCUUGUGUAAAAUGCUAUUGGUUUAAUCGUUUGUAAGAGAACAUUUUUAGAACACGAAAUUAAUUAUUUUUUUAUUAAACGUUGUCGAUUAGGAAUUAUCGAGAAAAGGUACCAAACUCUGGAAUUAAAACAGUUAUGAAGCCUAAUGCAUUGCGAUUUUUUUUCCUGUCUGAUUUCACUUUGAAGGGGUGAAACCACCCCUUAUGUUUUUUUCUUCCCCGUGGAUUACCUUGGAAACGGUCAGAGCGAAAAAAGUUUCAACGAAAAAUAGUUCUUUAACGUCUAUAAAAUAUAAAAUAAAAUUUUAAAUAAAUUUUAAAAAAUUGCAAAAUAUUAGGCUUGACCUACUCUAUUCACACAGUUUCAUAAUUUUUUUAAUUCCCGAGUUCGGUACCUUUUGUUGCAAAUGAGUUGUCACUUUGUAUCUUUUAAACUGAUUUUUUGUAUUUUUCGAAUCAAAUAAGUAAGAGGUUGAAUUGUUUAUUUGGGAAUUAAAAAUCGAGGACAUUUGGAACCAUCGAGACAGGGCCGGUUCCUUCGAUGUUAUUGGUGUACGAUGUACACUAGCGAGCUGUAAAGAGUUAAUAUAUAAUAGACUCGAUUGCACUUUAUGUUAUUCCUAUACGUGCGAGCUUUAGUUAAUUCUCGGGGUACGACGGUGUCCGGGUCCGUUUGGACUCUCAUGAAUAUUUCUCUCGAAAUCUGAUUCUUUCGAAAAUCCGGAUCCAAACGGACUCGGGCGUUACCUCGCGAGAGUUAAGUGAUAAUCAUUUCGUGUAUUUACUUAAUAUUGAAUAGCACCUAAACUAACAUUGAUCUUUUUUAGUUUAAGCGAAGAUUUGAGCUAAAUCGUGAAAAACUGAACGUACAAGAACGUGCAGAUUAUUAGACUCAAAUCGUAAAAAGAGGGAAGAAUAAAAAUAUUUUCUUUACGCGAUACUUUAUUUUAAGAAAUCAAUGUGAAUUCGUAUGUUACAUAUGAUACAUAUUUUUAUAAUAUCAUUUACUAAAAGGACCUAAUAAAAGGAUCAUCUAAUCAAAUCUUCACGAAUCUCCGAUUCGUCGAAACGAGAAUGACGUCUACGAUAUCGAAUUAAUAUAAUAUUUUUCUGAAAGAACCACGAGUCUAAUGAUUUGUAGAUCUCCGCAACCAAUACCUUUGAAUGAUAAACAUUGUAUAAUCGAAUAUUCAGUGUAGUAAAUGUUUCUAUCGACGAAUAGAAUAUAUCGAAGAAUUAUUGGGAUACAUUAACAGUCGGAAUUAUCUGAGCCGAGUAACGUGGACUAAAUGUAUUUACUAUUAUCAUAUUUUUAUAUGUAAUAUUUUUCUAACUCGCGUGACACUUGAAUUAUUGCAAAAAACGUGGAAAUUUAUUCCCAAAUUUCGAGGGUGCGUUUAUUUUGAAUAACAUUUAUACGCAAUUGAUUUAUCGAGCAACUAUAUAUAUGGGUAUAAAUUAUUAUAAAACUAUCACGGAAUUCUAUAAUUAAAUCAAAAUUCGACUGGUUGAUGAUAUUAAUUUAAAUCAGAGUUUGUUUCCUGUGAUCUUCAACACUUCUACAAUCCGAUGAAGUACUAUAUCUCAUACGUUCGCUAUCAACGUCGCAUAUUCGUAACGGUCGCAAUUCCAUAUUUCAUACAAAGGAAAUUAAAUUAUUAUAUAAUUAUUAAUAAAACUCGUUUCAGUUUCAGUUUUCUAGUAUUUCGUUUAUUUAUUGAACCGAAUAGAAUAUUGCAAUUGAGAAGAUCGUCGGCGAAACGAACGCUGGUAGCAAACGUGUUAAAUCUGAAACUGAUUCUCCAAAUAAAAAUUCUACAGCAGAAUAUUUUCCAGUAGGCCUUUCUUCAUUUUGAAGCUUAUGUCCAUGAUAAUUUUAGAUUGUAGACGUUGAACACGAUCUGCUGGUUUAGAUACAGCCUACAAUCACUGGUUGCGAUAGUGUUAACACAUAAACUGUAGCACGAUGAUGGCAACGAAAUAGGGAAGGGACGAAGAAAUAUUCCAGUGACCUUGAACAGCUAUAUUAUCUUCUCUAGGCUAUAAUGAAUAUUAUCUCACAAGGGAAUUUCGAUAGAAGUCCGAUUUUGUAGCUGUACACGUUUGUAAAGAAUCCCAGAAGAAUCAGCUAAUUUUUCUGUCAAAUUUCUGUUCCUUUUAAGGUGAAACAUUGCUUCGCCAAUGUUUCUAUGUACUUUCCUCGAAAAUCUUUCCUUUUACGUCGCGGAUGACCGACACAUUUGAUCGAGAAACAAAACUGACACCAAUUUGAAUUUCACUGGCCUAACGCAUGCAAUAUCGACGAAGCAAGAGUGAUUGUGAUACUAUAGGGUUCUGAUCACAAUUGAAAUAUCGAUCGUACACGAACGAAACGAAGCGGAGAGGAAAUUUGGCAAAAAUGGUAUACUUCACGAUCUAUUUUAUUUAUUCAGAGGUUUUGUAGCUACUGCAACGAUACGCGAGGAAUGUAUCGUACUAAUAAGCAUUAAUGUAAUCUGUAUGAACAUGCUCGUGUAAAUGCGUGUACUUCGGUCAGUUCUAAUAUUAAUAAUGUACGAUCUAAUGUUAAGCCGCGUCGAGAGUUUGAGAGAGAGAUUGUGCGAGAGUGAGAAAUUAAUGUAAGUGAAAUUUUCCUUUGAGGUUUACGGAAAAUACAUCCAACAAUUGGAAAGAGAAAUAUUCUGUUCCCAAAGGCUGCGUGUUAUUGGAAGAAAGAUUCUAAAUUUAUUUUUCGAACGGAUUGAAAAGUAUCACGAGCUCGACGAGAAUCAAAGUUGUCCGAUCAACGGAACGUUUCUCCUUUCAUGAACGACUUUCGUUGCGAUACUUUUGUGGGAGAUAUACGAGAUAAACGGGAUGGAUCACAAGGUAAACGGAGAGUGAGAGAAAGAAAGACAGCUAAAUGAAUAAAAAUUAUAUUUUUCCAGCAUCCAAUUGUAACCAUUCAAUGCGCCCGCCCGCUACGCCACGCCGUUUUGUACAUACUGAAUUGUCAUUGGAAAUUCGAAAUAUUGUACAAAGAACGCUUCUUUCCCGCGCUAACGAUUUCGAAAAUAGAACAUGUUUCAAGGGACCACAGAAUAUAGACAAAUAAUAAA